AUGGCUUACCUCACGCUCGCAGGCGAGUCCUGCUUUACUGCUUCGGAGGCCGAGAAGCUGAAGGAGCAGAUUAACAAGAAGGCGCCCGUCAAGGUUGCCUCCCUCGCCGGCAUCUGGACCUACUACGCCCACAUCCAGGGCGACGCGACUGAAGCCCAAGAAAAGCUCGCCCAAUUGCUCCCGUUGCCCGCCCAACCCGCAUCACAUGGCGUCGAGCAUAUCGGCUCCGCACGGAAAUUGUGCUUCACGCCGCGCUACCUGUCCCCCUGGAGCUCAAAGGCCACGAGCAUCGCCCAUGUCUGCGGCUUCGAGCCCCAGAUCCACCGCAUUGAGCGCGGCCGCGUCCUCACCAUCGAGUUUGAGGAGGCCUACAAUGACGAGAGCAUCCCAUUCCGGGAUGUCCUAUACGAUCGCAUGACCGAGAACCUCACCCACGACGUCCCGGAUCUCAACGCCAUGUUUGCCGAGGGCCAGCCUCAGUCCCUCGAGGUCGUCAACAUCUUCGCCCACAAGCAGGAUCCGCUGCACGUGUUGAGCGAGUACAACAAGAAGCGCGGCCUGGCUCUCGACCAGUCCGAAAUCGAGUAUCUGGUUGAGAAGUUCACCCAGCUGGGACGGCCCCCCAACGACAUCGAGCUGUUCAUGUUCGCCCAGGUCAACUCGGAGCACUGCCGCCACAAGCAAUUCAACGCAAACUGGACCAUUGACGGCAUCUCCAAGGGCAAGAGCCUGUUCGAGAUGAUCCGUAACACGCACAAGACGACGCCCGAGUAUACCGUGUCUGCCUACAGCGACAACGCCGCUGUUAUGCAAGGCGGGACUGCCAAUUUCUGGGCGCCCGACUACUCGACGGGCUCCUGGAAGUUGAACAAGGAGCUCAUCCAUGUCUUGGCCAAGGUCGAGACCCACAACCACCCGACGGCCAUCGCGCCCUUCCCCGGCGCGGCUACGGGAUCUGGCGGAGAGAUCCGCGACGAGGGUGCUGUUGGGAGAGGCUCCAUGCCCAAAGCCGGGCUCUGUGGGUUCUGGGUUUCGGAUCUGCUGAUUCCCGAUCACCGUGCCCCCUGGGAAAUCGACGCCGGCCGCCCUGCACACUACGCGAGCAGUCUCGACAUCAUGCUGGAGGCACCCAUUGGCAGCGCGCGAUUCAACAACGAGUUUGGACGCCCCUGCCUCGCAGGUGUUUUCCGGACGCUUCUUACAGCCGACGAUAAGAAGGCGGUAGGCGAGUUCCGCGGCUAUCACAAGCCCAUCAUGAUUGCUGGAGGUGUUGGCACUGUCAGAGAGAAGCACGCCCUCAAGCGUAAGCCCGACGUCCAAGAAGGCGCUCACGUUAUUGUUCUCGGAGGGCCGGCCAUGUUGAUUGGCUUGGGCGGCGGCGCGGCAUCGAGCAACGCGUCCGGAGAAGGAAACGCCGAUCUGGAUUUCGACAGCGUCCAGCGUGGCAACCCCGAGAUGGAGCGGCGGGCGCAGAUGGUCAUCAACACCUGCGUGGCCUUGGGCGCCCAGAACCCAAUUGCAAAGAUCCACGACGUCGGAGCGGGUGGUCUUUCAAACGCGCUGCCAGAGCUCGUCCAAGAUGCCGGCUUCGGUGGCAGGUUCGAGCUUCGGCAAGUCGAGAGCGUCGAUAAAGGCAUGAGCCCUCUCCAGAUUUGGUGUAACGAGGCGCAGGAGCGUUAUGUUGUCCUCGUCAAUGGCGACAGCAUGGAACGUUUUGUUAGCAUCUGCCGGAGGGAGCGCUGCGGCUUCUCGGAUGUCGGAACGGUCCUCUCUAAAGAGGCCGACGGAAUCUCGAAGCUCAUUCUCUCUGACAGAGGAUCAAACGAGUAUCCUCGCCCCAUCGACGUACCCAUGGAUGUUCUCUUCCCCAAGGGGCGAAAACUGGAGCGCAUCGUUAGCUCGAAGACGCCGAGCUGGCCCGUCUUCGAUCCUGUUGCCAGCCUCACGGAGGCUUUCAGUACUGCGACGAGUGAGCCAGAGAUUUUCAGGCAGGCGGUGCAGCGGCUAUUCUGGAUGCCGGCCGUUGGAUCCAAGUCUUUCCUGAUCACGAUCGGCGACCGGACUGUUGGCGGCCUCACCGUGCGCGACCAAAUGGUUGGGCCAUGGCAGACACCGGUUGCCGAUGUGGCUGUGACGGCAUCGUCGUUCAGCUUGAAUGGCGUCAAGACUGGCGAAGCAAUGGCCAUGGGCGAGAAGCCCACUCUCGCCCUCAUCUCUCCGGCGGCCUCAGCAAGGAUGGCGGUUGCCGAGAGUCUACUGAAUCUUGGAGCCGCCGAUAUCAUGGGCGGCUCGCAGCGCGGAGAUCUGCAACGCGUCAAGCUCUCUGCCAACUGGAUGGCGGCGGUAAACCACCCAGGCGAGGGAGCGGCCCUCUACGAGGCUGUUGAGGCCAUUGGCAUGGAAAUGUGCCCCGAACUUGGCAUCAGCAUUCCCGUCGGGAAGGAUUCAACUUCGAUGAAGGCAUCGUGGAAGGAGGGCGAAGAUAAGAAGAGCGUCACCGCGCCGGUAUCUGUAGUCAUCUCGGCUUUCUCACUGGUGGAAGAUAUCAGGAGAACGUGGACACCGCAGCUCCGGCGUGUUGAGGAAGUCGGAGAGACCAUCUUGCUAUUCGUCGACUUAGCAAACGGGCAGAAGGCGCUGGGAGGCUCUGCAUUUGCGCAGUCUCUGGGUGCCAUCGGCCAUGAGGCUCCCGAUGUUCGGGACGUGGAGAUGUUGAAAGACUACUUCGAUGCGCUGGCUCAGCUGCACGAGAGCGGCAUUGUCCUCGCCUACCACGACAGGUCAGACGGUGGUCUGAUCACCACCAUCGCCGAAAUGAUGUUUGCCGGCCGGUGUGGCGUGGAUGUGAUGAUGGAUGGCAUCUCAAAGUCUGGGAGAUUUGCAGACCUGGUUGAUGCUCUCUUCAACGAAGAGCUGGGUGCUGUGUUCCAAGUCCGGAAGUCGGACGAGAUUAACUUUAAGAGAUGCUUUGCCACUUGCGGCCCGCCAGCUGGCUUGAUCAGGAAGUUCGGCGUGGUGCAGCCGACAUCGAGGCAGACGCUGAUAAUCCGCCAUGGCGAGGGAAUUCCGUUCGUUAGCCUGGAUAGAAGCGAGAUGCAGCAGUGGUGGACCAAGACGUCGUUCGAGAUGCAGAAGCUGAGAGAUAACCCGUCGUGUGCAGAGUCCGAGUUUGCCGCCAUAAAGGACUCGGGGGACCCUGGACUCUCUUACAACCUCACCUUCGAUCCCGCCGAGAAUAUCAUCCCCCUGACGGCGGCCAUCACAGGGCUCUUUGGUAAAGCACCUCGCGUUGCGAUUCUCCGAGAACAGGGAGUCAACGGGCAUGCCGAGAUGGCGUUCGCCUUCCGUGCCGCCGGCUUUGAUGCGGUUGACAUCCACAUGACCGACAUCAUCUCGGGCCGGUCGCUGGCGGAUUUCGUGGGCUUGGCGGCGUGCGGCGGCUUCUCGUACGGCGACGUGCUCGGGGCCGGCCAAGGCUGGGCAAAGUCGAUCCUGCUGCACGAUAAGGCGCGGCGCGAGCUGGCAGACUUCUUCCAGCGCAAAGAUACGUUCAGCCUGGGCGUGUGCAACGGCUGCCAGAUGCUCUCGCGGCUCAAGGAGCUGAUCCCAGGGGCCGAGGACUUCCCGACCUUUGUGGACAACACGUCGUCGCAGUUUGAGGCGCGCUUCACCAUGGUCAGGAUCGAGGACAACCCAAGCCGGCCGUCCGUCUUCUUCAACGGCAUGAGCGGCUCCACCCUUCCCAUCACCGUGUCGCACGGCGAGGGCCGCGCCGAGUUCGACUCGCCGGCCUCGUUCCAGGCCCUCACCGACGCCGGCUCCAUCCCCCUCCGCUACGUCGACAACCUGCUCAACGUCACGGAGAAGUACCCCUGCAACCCCAACGGCAGCCCCGCCGGCGUCGCCGGCGUCGCCAGCAGAGACGGCCGCGUCCUCGCCAUGAUGCCCCACCCCGAGCGCACCAUCCUGGCCGACGUCGGCAGCUACGUGCCGCCCGGCCAGGUCGAGCAAUGGGGCGACUUCAACCCGUGGCUGCGCAUGUUCCGCAGCGCGCGCAGAUGGGUGGGCUAG